AUGGCUUCCUCUGAUCGUCCCGUGGAGCCGGAUGGGCGUCGCAGUCGUCUGGAGGAAGCUAUCACAAACCCUGGUGCUGUGAAAAUCAAUGUCACCGGUGCUUUCAUUGUCGACGAUGAACCUCGUUCCAGAAGCCCUGUGGAAGCUGAUGGUGUUCAUUAUGAAAACAAAGACAUUCGUCUCCCUCAUCAUACCGGUGUCGUGAGCCAUGUGGCUGUUGAUAUCGGCGGAUCUCUGGCCAAGCUGGUCUAUUUCACACGUGAAUUGAACGAAGCGGAUAACGGCGGACGACUCAAUUUUAUCAACUUUGAGACCCAUCGGAUCGAUAUCUGCAUCAAUUUCAUCCGUCAAUUGAAAGAAGAACAUGAAAAACGAAAUGGCUCGACUCAAGAUGGCCUAUGUGUUGUAGCGACCGGAGGAGGUGCCUUCAAAUUCUAUGACAAAUUGAAGGAGGCCCUUGAUGUGAACAUCCUCCGCGAAGAAGAAAUGGAAUGCUUGAUCAUAGGCUUGGACUUCUUCAUCACCGAAAUCCCCAAUGAGGUAUUCACCUACAGCGACUCCGAUUCUGAUACCGAACCGAUGCAAUUUGCCGAGGCCCGACCGGAUGUUUAUCCCUACCUCUUAGUCAACAUAGGCUCAGGUGUCUCCAUGAUCAAGGUCUCUGGCCCAAGACAAUUCGAACGUGUUGGAGGUACUCACCUGGGUGGUGGUACAUUCUGGGGAAUCAUGUCCUUGCUGACAGGCGCUCGAACCUUUGACGACAUGCUGGCCAUGGCGGAUGUUGGGGACAACAGUGGAGUUGACAUGCUGGUCGGAGACAUCUACGGCAUGGACUACAGCAAGAUCGGGCUCAAGAGUACAGCCAUCGCUAGCACCUUUGGCAAGGUCUUUAGACUGAAGAAUGCUGCUGAGCGAGGUGCCGAAGACGGCGAGGGAUUGAUCAACGACGACGAACACAUGAACGGAGGAGGGGUCAAUUUCCGCCACGAAGACAUGAGCCGAAGCCUUCUUUAUGCUAUCAGCAACAACAUCGGCCAGAUUGCCUAUUUACAGUCCGAAAAGCACCAGGUGAAGCACAUUUACUUCGGUGGCUCAUUUAUCCGCGGCCAUCGGCAAACCAUGAAUACCCUCUCAUAUGCAAUUCGCUUCUGGUCCAAGGGAGAGAAGCAAGCAUAUUUCUUGCGCCAUGAGGGGUACCUGGGAGCCGUUGGUGCGUUCAUUCGUCGACAGCCUCAAAACUGGGGUCGACGUAACAGCAUUGACGACGUAUCGACACCGCAGGCGGUAAAGAACGUCGUCAACAGCGUGUUGAAUCAACAUUCUGCUGAUUCGGCGUAA